AUGAAGAAGUUCUCUUGGAUGCCCAAGUCGGAGGGCAGCGGCGGCGGCGGAACAGCGGGUGGCGGGGCGGCCGGGGCCGGAUGCGGCUCAGGAGGCUUGUCUGUGGGGGUCCGGGUGUUCUCAGUGGGCCGCUACCAGGUCAGCCUGGAGGAGUUCCUGGCCGAAGGUGGAUUCUCCACAGUUUUUCUGGUGCGUACUAAUGGUGGAGUUCGAUGUGCAUUGAAGAGAAUGUAUGUCAAUAACAUGCCAGACCUCAACAUUUGUAAAAGGGAAAUUACAAUUAUGAAAGAGUUUUCUGGUCAUAAAAAUAUUGUGGGCUAUUUGGACUGUGCUGUUAAUUCAAUUAGUGAUAAUGUAUGGGAAGUACUUAUCUUAAUGGAAUAUUGUGGAGCCGGGCAGGUAGUGAAUCAGAUGAAUAAGAAACUGCAGACAGGUUUUACAGAACCAGAAGUGUUACAGAUAUUCUGUGAUACCUGUGAAGCUGUUGCAAGGUUGCAUCAGUGUAAGACUCCAAUAAUUCAUCGGGAUCUGAAGGAUGGAGUUAAUGUAGUAGAAGAAGCAAUUAAAAAGUAUACGACUCUGUCAUAGAGAGCCCCUGAAAUGAUCAACCUUUAUGGAGGGAAACCCAUCACUACCAAGGCUGAUAUCUGGGCCCUGGGAUGUUUACUAUAUAAACUUUGUUUCUUCACUGUUCCUUUUGGUGAUAGUCAGGUUGCUAUCUGUGAUGGCAGCUUUACCAUCCCAGAUAAUUCUCGAUACUCCCACAACAUACAUUGCUUAAUAAGGUUCAUGCUUGAACCAGAUCCAGAGCAUAGACCUGAUAUAUUUCAAGUGUCCUAUUUUGCAUUUAAAUUUGCCAGAAAGGAUUGUCCAAUCUCCAACAUCAGUAACUCUUCUGUUCCUUCAACUCUUCAUGAACCAUUGACUGCUAGUGAAGCAACUGCUAGAAAAAGCCAAACAAAAGCCAGAAUAACAGGUACCAUUGGACCAACAGAAACCUCAAUUGCACCAAGACAAAGACCAAAGGCCAACUCUACUACUGCCACUCCCAGUGUACUAACCAUUCACAGUUCAGCAACUGUGGCGACAACCCCUGUUAAAGUCCUGGCUCCUGGUGAAUUUGGUAACCACAGACCAAAAGGCUCACUGAGACCUGGAAAUGACCCUGAAAUCUUAUUGGGUCAGGGGCCCCCUCAGCAUCCACCACAGCAGCAUAGAGUACUUCAACAACUACAACAGGGGGAUUGGAGAUUACAGCAACUUCAUUUACAGCAUCAUCAUCCACACCAGCAGCAACAGCAGCAACUACUUCAAGAUGCUUACAUGCAGCAGUAUCAGCAUGCAAUGCAGCAGCAACAGUAACUCCAACAGCCGUUUUUAAUGCAUUCAGUGUAUCAGCCACAACCUUCUGCAUCACAGUACCCUGCAAUGAUGCAGCAGUAUCAGCAGAGUUUCUUGCAGCAGCAGAUGCUAGCUCAACAUCAGCAGUCCCAGCAGCACACAUCACCUGAAUAUCUUACCUCCGCUCAAGAGUUCUCACCAGCCUUAGCUUCCUACACAUCAUCACUUCCAGCUCAGGUUGGAACCAUAAUGGACUCCUCUUAUAGUGCCAAUAGGCCAGUUGCUGAAAAAGAGGCAGUUGCAAAUUUUACAAAUCAGAAGAACAUCAGUAACCCACCUGAUAUGUCAGGGUGGAAUCCUUUUGGAGAGGAUAAUUUCUCCAAGUUAACAGAAGAGGAACUGUUGGACAGAGAAUUUGACCUUCUAAGAUCAAAUAGGCUCGAGGAGAGAGCAUCCUCAGAUAAGAAUGUAGAACCACUUUCUGCUCCACAUAACCAUCCUCCAGAAGAUCCUUUUGGUUCUGUUCCUUUCAUUUCUCACUCAGGUUCUCCAGAAAAGAAAGGUGAAUAUCCAUCCAUGAAUCAAGAAAAUAGCACUACAAACCCUAUAAAGAAUGGAAAAGCAAGUCCAAUAUCUAAAUAUCAGCGGAUUGAAAAGAAAACCUCAGCAAAUUUAUCAGUACGAGGUCAUGUACAAAAGGGGAAUGAUGACUCUGAAAGUGAUUUUGAAUCAGAUCCCCCUUCUCCUAAGAGCAGUGAAGAGGAAGACCAAGACGAUGAAGAAGUUCCUGGAGAACAAGGAGAUUUUAAUGAUGAUGAUACUGAACCGGAAAAUCUGGGUCACAGGCCUCUCCUCAUGGAUUCUGAAGAUGAGGAAGAGGAGGAGAAACAUAGCUCUGAUUCUGAGUAUGAGCAGGCCAAAGCAAAGUACAGCAGUGUGAGCACUGUCUACAGAGAGAAAUCUGGCAGUGGACCAACCCAAGAUCCUAAUGCAGCACUCCUCACCCUAACCCAUGUACCUUCUGAUGUUGGGGUGGAGACUCACAAACAGGAGUUUGAUGUAUUUGGUGCCGUUUCUUUCUUUGCAGUGCGUGCUCAACAGCCCCAGCAAGGAGAGAAUGAAAAGAACCUCUCUCAACAGGUGUUUCCUACUGUUGGACUAGAGCAAGAGGAAUUUGAUGUCUUCACGAAGGUGCCCUUUGGCAAGAAGGUGAAUAUCCAAGACUGCCCUGUAGUAGGGUCUGAGGCACAUGCUCUUCCUGGUUGUCCCAAAAGUGUAGAUAUAUUUGGCUGCACUCCCUUUCAGCCCUUUCCCACAUCAACAAGUAAAAGUGAAAGUAAGGAGGACCUUUUUGGGCUUGUGCCCUUUGAGGAGAUAACUGGGAGUCAACAGCAAAAAGUCAAACAGCGCAGCUUACAAAAACUGUCCUCUCGCCAGAGGCGUACAAAGCAGGAUAUGUCCAAAAGUAACGGAAAGCGUCAUCAUGGCACACCAACUAGCACGAAGAAGACUUUGAAGCUGACCUAUCGCACUCCAGAGAGGGCUUGCAGGCACAAGAAAGUGGGCCGCAGAGAUUCUCAAAGCAGCAAUGAAUUUUUAACCAUCUCAGACUCCAAGGAGAACAUUAGUGUUGCACUGACUGAUGGGAAAGACAGGGGGAGUGUCCUACAACCAGAGGAGAGUCUGUUGGAUCCCUUUGGUGCCAAGCCCUUCCAUCCUCCAGACCUGCCAUGGCACCAGCCACAUCAAGGCCUGAGUGACAUUCGUGCUGAUCACAAUACUGUCCUGCCUGGGCGGCCAAGACAGAAUUCACUACAUGGGUCAUUCCAUAGUGCAGAUGCGAUGAAAAUAGAUGACUUUGGUGCCGUGCCCUUUACAGAACUUGUGGUGCAAAGCAUCCCACCACAUCAGUCCCAACAGUCCCAACCAGUAGAAUUAGACCCAUUUGGUGCUGCUCCAUUUCCUUCUAAACAGUAGAUACUUCUGAUGGAUUCUUGGCAUUUACUCCUGUUUCAAAAAAGUAUGAAUAGUUUUAUGAAUUUGAAGAAAAUUUAUUUGUAUAGCUCUUUAUAUCAUUCAUUCUUACAGGUCAGUCAGGAUAGGUGAUUUUUAAAUAAACCAAAUAGAAAAAGGAAGUAUCUCUACAGGGUAGUAACUUGAAGCCUCUUCCAAGCAGAAAAAGGAGCUAAACAGAAAGCUCUAACCAAGGAUUUCUGCUACUGUCAUCACGGCAUGGAAAUUGCAAAGUGUGGUACUUCCAGUGAAAGCACAUUUCCAUCCCAGGUGUGUAGACACUGAGAAGGGACAGUAAAGCUAUAUCAUUAUUUUUGAUAAAACAGUGUCAUUUAUGUGCAUAUCCCAGGCUCAUUCCAGAUGCAGCAUUUAAAAUUAGGCUAUUUGUACAUACAUUAAUUCUGUUUAUGAAUUUUAUGGUUUCUUCUAAUUUUCACACAGAAAAAAACAAGCAAUCUAGCUCUCCUAAAGAAUUAGGAAGAUCUUAU